UGAAGCGGCUAGGCGAUGUCCGCCUGGAGAAAAGUGUCCUCCCGACCAGCUAUGAUGUCUUGAAAGGCUGCCUGCUCAUCAGGUCGGGAGGAGGGAAGGCUGCGUGCCCUCGGGAAGAUCGGUAUUGAAGUCAGCGGAUCCGAGGUGCUAUAUAGCUGGCAAGGCAGUGCAUAAUGCCGCUGGUGCUGGACGCCGUGUGGGCCUUGUGGAGCAUCACGGCGGGGAUCUACGACUACUUCCACACCAGUGCCAUGGAAGAGAGAAUCCACACCCUGGAGAAUGUGCUUUCCAUACACCAGUUUGUCAUUACGGGCCUAUCAGCGGGCCUCAUCCUGCUCCUGAUGUACAUCCUGUGGCGGAAGCACUGAUGAAAAUGAUGUGUGAUCAUGACUACUAAAAGGCAACAUAAUGGACCAAAGUUAUUUUGUGUGUUCAGGGUUGUUUUCACUUCUCUGACUCACUACUUGCCACCUGAUCCUCAAAACGAGGUUGCUAACUUGCUGUACAAGCCAGUACCAAGAAGAAAGUGCACUGAUUAACUGGCUCGCUAAUAUGUCUGUCUGUCCACCCUGAAGGCAAAAUAAGAAAUGUCAAAUUAUAUUGAAGAUUUUAUAAUGGCUUACAAAUGCAGCCUGCCACAAAGCUGCAACAUUUUUCUUUUUAUUUUCUUUUUUGUGUGUUUAACAAUUACAAUUUCAGUGUAGAGUGCAAUAGGGUACUGUGUCGCUCUGACAAACCAUUAACACAGAUGGGUGCUUUGAAAGGGAAUGUUUGAAUAAUAAAAGGUCAUCAGAAAUUAUCGGGUUUUUUUUUAUUUCAGAACUUCAAACACACCUUUCAAACCUUAUUUUGAAGUUUAUUGAAACAUAAGGGGAAUAUAAAAAUAGAAACGUUGAACAAAGAACCGAAAUGCCGCUUUCAAUUCAUAAAGGUGGAAAGGGAAACGCCCCCACCAAUCACGUGUCUGCGUUUCGCAAACAAGCGCAGUCAUAGGCUGCAGCACUCUGAAGGCGGGAUCUUUUAAUCCGUGAACGCGUCCCAGCCAACUUUGGUAAGGUUUUUGUAAUUAAGCCGGAAAAAGAAAUCUUGCUUGUCGUUUACAAAAAGAAACCCGAGUUGAUUCCCUACAUAACCACCCAUCGCAUUUGUUCUUAGAUCUAGAAGUAUUUGGGGACAUAUAUUUUAAUUCAAAUGAAGUAUACUGUUUGAUAGCAUCAAAUAGCACAAUGUUCGUUGGUAUGAUAAUUUCGGUGAUUAAAAGUAUUUCGAAAAUAUGAACCGGAAGACGUCUUUUUGCAGGAAUUUGCUAUGCCACUAACUCAAAGUGGCAAAAGGCGCUCAAUUACGAUUUACAGGAAUUUUGUUUUAAAUUGUCGACUCUAAACCACUCUCAAUGUAUUGUAUGUCAAAUGUGCAUGCUUCUUUUUUAUUUAUUCAUUGUCAUGUUCGUAAUUUUCUACGGCGAAUGGGAAGAGUCGUUUCGUGCCAGAUAGCUAGCCGGGCUAGGGAAGUUUAGCCAAAACAGUUAGCUGCCGAGUGGCGGCGCUGGCUUGCUUUCGUCUCCCGCAAAUGGAAUGCCGCGAAACGCCCCAUUCGAGCCUUGCUCGGACAAGUAAAAAAUUAAAUUAAAAGUCCCCUUGUUGUGUUUAAUCCUCCGUCGUUUGGUAUAUUUUUUUAAAUAUGAGACUCUGUUCCUCGCUUCAUUUCUUGACAAAGAAAACUGCGGCGAGUUUCUUUCUCUACUGACAAGCAAAAGGUAAAAAAAAAAAAAAAAAAGGCUUUCGUGGUCCCUGCGGAUGGCUCCACACAGGCAUGGCCCCCCGGCUGGAGGCCACCCUGUGGCGAACGGACCGUACCCCCCGUCCUCCUUCGACGCCAAGAAGCCCAGCAUGCAGCUGGUCCAAGCCGACCACGAGUUGUUCCUGCAGGCCUUCGAAAAGCCUACCCAAAUUUACAGGUUCCUUCGCACCAGGAACUUGAUCGCUCCCAUAUUCUUGCACAGGACUCUCACCUACAUGUCACACAGGAACUCGAGGAAGAACAGAAAACGGAAAAGCUCCAAGGUGGACAGCCUGCUCUUCCGAGUAGAAAAAAUGCAUGCACAACAGGAACCACGCGGCUUGCUGUCCAAUCUGCAACUCACAUUCACCGGCUUCUUUCACAAAUUAGGGACACCGUCUCAGGACUGUGAGAACGAGCAGAACUCAGUGUCUCUUGAGGUCCUUCUUGUCAAAGUCUGUCACAAGAAAAGGAAGGAUGUAAGCUGUCCGGUCAAGCAGGUUCCUGCCGGGAAGAAGCAGGUUCCUCUCAACCCGGACUUGAUUUCUUCUGGUGGUGUUGGUGUCAGUCCGGGACAUUCUGGAAACUUUCCAUCCUUGCUUGUCCCAAGCAGCGAGUUUGAAUCCAGCAACUCACACAUGGUCAAGUCCUACUCACUGCUUUUCAGAGUUUCACAGCCUGGGUACGACCACCUGCUGCUCCACAACAGACUCAACAAUGGAGAGGCUUGCCACCACAGAGAGCUGUCAGAGCCAAUGAUGGCCAGGAAGAGACGGAGCUCCCCCCUCAGGGAGGACGUACAAAGCACACUGGUGGCUCAGAUGACCAUUUUUGAUAAACACAGACGUCUGCAGCUCCUGGAUGGUGACUACGAAGUUUCAAUGCAAGAUUUAACAAAGCAAAGUCCUCUCAACAAUGUGACUGCAACAUGGGAGACCAUAGUUGACACAAAGCACUUGCCUCCAUUGGAGGCGUUCUGCGACGGUCCCACUCUUCACUUCACGCUUCGAUGGACCAAGGACCUUUGCAACGAUUCCACUGCUCCUGUCGCCAAACCUCUGGCCACUCGCAACACUGACGGCAACCAUGAGAGCAUAGCGGCGACCGGACUGAGGAACACAGCGCACGCUAAACACACCGUGAAAGAGACCAUCAACAAAGUCCACAGCAAAGCCAGAGAAUACACGUCUGCGCAAUCUCGAACAAAACUACGGAUCUUCUACGAGUUCCAGUACAAUAACAACAGUCGGCAGCAAACUGAGGCCAGAGACGACCUUCACUGUCCUUGGUGCACUUUGAACUGCAGGAAGCUGUACAGUCUGUUAAAACACCUCAAGCUGUCUCACUCGCGUUUCAUCUUCAACUAUGUGCCUCAUCCCAAAGGAGCCAAAAUCGAGGUAUCCAUCAACGAGAAUUACGACGGCUCGUAUGCAGGAAAUCCUCAGGACGUACACAGCCAGCCGGGUUUCGCCUUCAGCCGGAACGGACCUGUCAAGCGGGCGGCCGUCACUCAGGUCUUGGUCUGCAGGCCCAAGCGCAGCAAGCCAAGUCUGUCGGAGUUCCUGGAGUGCGAGGGCGGCGAGAGCGAGCGUCCCCGGUCGUACGUGAGUGGACACAACAGACUUUACUUCCGGAGCGACAGCUGCGUGCCCAGAGCGCCGCAAGAGAUGGAUGUGGACAGCGAGGACGAAAGGGACCCUGACUGGCUCAAGGAGAAAACUGCCAAGCAAAUCGAGGACUUCACGGACGUGAACGAGGGCGAGAAGGAGAUCAUGAAGCUGUGGAACCUCCACGUCAUGAAGCAUGGUUUCAUCGCAGACCACCAGAUGAACGAGGCCUGCCUGCUGUUCACUGAGCUCCACUGCGCUCACCUAAUCCGCCAAAACCUGCGCCGCAACUUCCUACUUCAUCUGGUCAGCAUGCACGACUUCAACCUGGUCACCACCAGAACCAUCGACCGGGCCAUGGCCAGACUCCAGGCUGCCGCACAUGGGUAUAAGCCACCAGAGGGGAGAGAUGAGGAAGACGGAUGGGAGACUGCAGUGGAGUGUCUGACAGAGACGGACCUUGAGAUAUCCCAGGGUGAAGAUGUCAGCAGGUGGCAAGAGAGUCACACGGCUGUUUUGAACUGAGCGGUGGCAGAGCCGCAACAGAACUUUGUGUUUGGAUUCUGAAUCACGAGAGACAUCCAAAGGGGAUGAUUUCUUGUUUAUGAUCCUAAGAUUUGAAGAAUUUAUCAAGUCAUGAACCCAAAACUGAACUUUUGGGUUUGGAACCUUCAAUCAGCAUAUAGGACUUUGAAGUCUUCGUGACUGAGGAAGUCUGGGACGAGGAGACACCAAAACAGCAUGUUUUACCCUUUAUCUCGGAACUGCUGGACUUUGUCCACGUUAGCAAAAAAUCUGAGAUCAACUUUUGGGUUUGAAACAGUGAACUCUUGGGAAUUUCAGGUCUUUUGAGACUGAAGAAUCAGAGACUCCCGAAUAUCUUGUUUUCCUUUUUGUUCUUCCAAAACUUGAGGAAAUGUUGGGUGUCGGUGAAACCCAACCAAUGACUGGGGGUUGGCCAGAAUCCCCAAACUAUACUUUUGUUUGAAACAAGUCAACUUUUAGCACUCAAACAUUGAUUCUGGUGGAGACUGUCAUUUUUCCUAUUUCUUGUCCCAAAACCUUUUUCUGUUAUUAGAAACCCCAAACUGAACUUCAGUUUUAUUACCUUUAGUCAACUUUUACGGCUAUUAGGAUGUGAAGACCAAAAAGGUUUAGAUCAUGAAGUGACCAUAAAUUUAGGUUUUUCCCUAUUGGCUUUCCUAGAUCUUAAUUACUGUAGGUCCUAAAUGACCAAUGAGGGCAGCCCCCCACCCCCAAAAGUGACUUUAAGAACCCUAGGCAAACUUUUAGGACACAAAGACUGACUCUGGAUCAAGACUCCGUUUUCUCUUUAUCCCUCAAGUCCUGACUUUGUCCACAAUCCUGAGCAAUUACGAUGGACUGACGAGAAACCUGGGCAAAACUCCAAAGUCCAGACUUUUCUUGUUUGAAACCUACUUUUGAAUUUUCGGGCCCUUGAGACUGAUUCUGGAUUAAGAAGAAACCCGGACGUUCUUUUCCUUCUUACCCAAAAACAUCAGUAGAUGUUCCUGACAGCAGCGCAAUCCGAAACCCUCGCACAACCCCAAAAUUGACUUUUUCUGGAUCAAGGAAACAGUUGAACUUUUUUUUUUUUAAAAUCAUAAAACAUGAAAACUUUAUGUUCUUAAUGUUGAGUAUCAGUUUAAACUGACCAGUGAAUGCAGGGCAACCAGACACAUUCACUGAGGCCCAAAAUUGAUUUAUUUUUGUUCAGACCAGUCAGUCAACUUUUGGACUAUUAAUGAUAUCAUGAUUGAAGAAUUCUGGAUCAAGUUUUGCUCAUCCCAGAUUUUGACAACUUCACACCCAUGUGAAAAACCUGAUUUCACCAAAGAGGAUUGAGGGUUCAGUUUAAGAGAUUUAAUUCAUUCAUGUCAUAUCUCCAAGGUGCUGCUUUUUUUUUUCUUCAUAAUUUGAUGCAGAUUGUUUUUUUUCCCCCCCUCGAUUCUAAGCCGAAGUUGCCUUUUGCCAAACAUUAGCUUGGAAUCAUUUGAAAGGUCAUCAGAAAAUGAAGGCCCAAAAUCAAAAGUGAGGCCAGCCCAGAGCAGAAGUGCCUUAAAGUUGCAUUCUUUCAGAAGCCAGCAGGGGUGGAAUACCAGAAUACUCCCCACAUGCUGUUAAACAGAAGACUUGAUUUGCUUUUGUUUUCCCUGCUGGUUACCUCAUUAGUUUAUGGAGGGGGGGUGGGGGGAAAUAAUUCCACCCAGGACUCUUAUGUCCAUGUUCCGACAAAACAACCAAAAGCCAGACUCCUUUGACACCAUGUAUGUUAGCUUUAAGCAUGUGCGUUUUUUUUUCCUUCAAUCCACAGAAGCAGGAUUUUUUUUUUGCACAAGAAAAUGUUCAACCUGCCUGCGAUUGUUUUUUUUGUUUUGUUUUUUUUAAUUAAAAUGGCACAAUUGUUCA